AUGCCAAAAACGAAAGGAAAACAAAAACUGAAGAAAGGAACCAAGAGGAAAUCUGGGAAGGCUAAACGCAAAGGUCGGUCAUCUCGGCAGAAAAAGCCUAAACAUGAAAUUGAUAUUAUGAGCCUAUGUGCCAUGGAAAACUUGUACUACAUCGCGCACAAUGCACCAUGUGCAUUGAUGUAUCGUGGUUUUCGUUGGUCAAGGUUAAAGCCAAAACGAGCUUUUUCCAUAGCAUGUGCAAAUAAAAUUGUUACUAAGACUUAUUUAUGCUUUUUAACUAUUGCAAGAAAUCCAAAUAAAGGCCUUUAG